UGAAUAUCUGAUAGCUGAUGCACAAUUGCGCAUAAGCACAUUACAGCCAGGACGGCAGUCGGCAAGACUACACACACACCGACAGUCAGUAGUCAAUCAUUUAUUGUUUUAAAGCGCAGCCAAACUUGCUGCUACUUCCUUCUCUCAUACCUCUACUCUUCUUCUUCUUCCUCUUCCUCUUCCUCUUCCUCUCCAUCUUCAUCUACCUCACUCUUCUCUUUCUCUCUCCUCCAUUUUCUGAUCUUCUGGUCUAAAAAUGGAGUCUUCUUCAUCUUCCUGCAGCUGCAACUGCAGUAGAUCCAUUGCUAAACUCACCAGUUUCACCAUUUUUUUUGCUGUCCUACUUUCUUGCUCCUUUUUUACAUCAACUGAAGCUUAUGAUGCACUUGAUCCAAAUGGAAAUCUUACUAUCAAAUGGGAUGUUAUCAAUUGGACCCCUGAUGGAUAUCUUGCUGUCGUCACAAUGAUUAACUUCCAGCAGUACCGCCACAUUCAAACCCCAGGGUGGACACUUGGAUGGACAUGGGCCAAAAAGGAGGUAAUAUGGAGUAUGGUGGGUGCACAAACCACAGAGCAAGGAGAUUGUUCAAAAUUUAAAGGAAACAUUCCUCAUUGUUGUAAAAAGGAUCCAUCAGUGGUAGAUUUGCUUCCUGGAACACCUUACAACCAGCAAAUCGCUAACUGCUGCCGCGGAGGGGUACUAACUGCCUGGGGCCAGGACCAAGCCAAUGCUGUUGGCGCUUUUCAAAUUAGUGUAGGUCAAGCGGGAACAUCUAAUAAGACAGUUAAGCUGCCAAAAAAUUUCACAUUGAUGGCACCAGGGCCUGGAUAUACUUGUGGGCCAGCAAAGAUUGUGAGGCCAACCCAGUUUACGACAUCUGAUAAGCGGAGAACCACUCAAGCUUUGAUGACUUGGAACAUAACUUGCACGUAUUCUCAGUUCCUGGCUCAGAAGACUCCUACUUGCUGUGUUUCUCUCUCCUCAUUUUACAAUGACACUAUCGUACCCUGCCCAACUUGCUCUUGUGGAUGUCAGAACAACAUAACCCAACCAGGAAGCUGUGUUGAAGCGGACAAUCCCUAUUUAACUUCAGCCAUUUCAGCAGGUGGACCAAAAUCUAGUAGCAAACCUCUACUCCAGUGUACCAGUCACAUGUGUCCAGUUCGGAUUCAUUGGCAUGUCAAGGUCAAUUACAAGGACUAUUGGCGUACUAAGGUUACUAUUACAAACUUUAACUACCGAAUGAACUACUCGCAAUGGAAUCUGGUUGUGCAGCAUCCCAACUUUAAUAAUCUCACUCAAUCGUUUAGUUUCAUGUACAAAGGAUUGACGCCCUAUGAUGGUUUGAAUGACACUGCCAUGCUAUGGGGAAUUAAGUUCUAUAAUGAUUUUCUUAAUGAAGCUGGGCCUUUCGGGAAUGUGCAGUCAGAGCUGCUAUUUCAGAAAGACAAAACUACUUUUAGUUUCGAGAAAGGAUUUGCUUUUCCACGGCGGGUGUACUUUAACGGAGAUAACUGUGUGAUGCCUCCUCCAGAUGCUUACCCAUGGCUACCAAAUGCUAGUUCGAGACCUAUUAUCUCUCUUCUACAACCUGUCAUGACUAUCUUGGCAGCCCUGGCUUUCUUACUUGCAUAUGCUUAGAGAGAGACAUGUUGCUUUCCAGAUUUCUCUUGAAUCACUUGUGUGAUGCACUUUCACCUUGACACUUACCAAUUGGUCUCAUUGCUGCUUCAAGUCCAGUGAUGCACUAUGACCCUUUUCAGGUACACCAUUCAUCGCUUCUAGAAAGAGCGUCCAUUGUCUAAUGAAGUGUUUGUCUAAUGAAGUGUUGAAAAUGAGAAUCUGAUGCCGUUUUUUUUAGAGAUAGGCUCUUUUGUACACGUAUUUAUACUUUUAAUUUAUAUUCUUUUUUUUUUUUUUUUUAUUUAUUAUUCUUCUUAGAGUAUUUAUUGAGACGCGUAUUUCAGUCGUUGUAACUUGUAAAAACUCUGGCCAUGGAAAUGCAAGUGUUAUAUAGAGUUGCUUGUUGUA